AUGGAUAAGAGAGUGCUGAAUGUUACCUACUCUCAUGACCAGGAGGAAUUGGUUGCCAUGUUGUAUACACAAGUUGUACAUGGCGUUCGAUUUUAUUUCCACAGCACUGAACAAGAGGAGGUCGUGGAAGAAACAGCACCUGAGGUCAUUGAGGAAAUCCCAACUGCAGAGGUCUCCAUUGAGGAGGAGAAACCAAUACUUGUUGCUCCAGAGUUCAUCAUUAAGAUACAAGAUGUCAGUGUUCGUGAACGUGAAACUGCACGUUUCGAGUGCAAGGUGAAGGGUGAACCAGCACCUAGUGUUGUGUGGUAUCAUGAUGGAACUCCCCUCAAGUCUGACGACAUCUACCAGAUUGUCCCCGGCCCAGAUGGAGAGAGUGCUCUGGUUCUGCCAGAAGCCUACCCAGAGGAUGCCGGAACAUACUCUGUCAUGGCCAAGAACGAUGUUGGCCAGGUGGAGUGCCAAGCUAUCCUCACAAUCAUUGAGAGUAUCUCCGAGACCAGCUCCAUCAGCUCGAAGCAUGAGGAGGAAGCUGAGGAGAUUCUUCCAGAAGAUACAGCGGAGCAGGCAGCCAUCAAAAUACAGUCAGCCUUCCGUGGAUACAAGGCCCGGGAACAGGUGAAGGUGAUGAAACAACAGAUUUCUGUCGUAGAGACUGACAUCACAGUCACAGAGGAGGUUCAGGAGAUUGAAGAAGAAUCAGAAACCACUUUGGAAGAAAUCCCUGUCCAAGAAGAAAAACAGGAGGAAGUUGAAGCUGAAAUCUCCAUUGAGGAGGAGAAGCCAGUAGUUGAAGAGGUUGAAGCUGAAAUCUCCAUUGAGGAGGAGAAACCAGUUGUUGAGGAAGUUCAAGCUGAAAUCUCUAUUGAGGAGGAGGAGAAACUAGUGGUUGAGGAAGUUGAAGCUGAAAUCUCUAUUGAGGAAGAGGAGAAACCAGAGGAGGAGGAGAAACCAGUAGUUGAGGAAGUUGAAGCUGAAAUCUCCAUUGAGGAGGAGGAGAAACCAGUGGUUGAGGAAGUUGAAGCUGAAAUCUCUAUUGAGGAGGAGGAGAAACCAGUAGUUGAGGAAGUUGAAGCCGAAAUCUCCAUUGAGGAGGAGGAGAAACCAGUAGUUGAGGAAGUUGAAGCUGAAAUCUCCAUUGAGGAGGAGGAGAAACCAGUAGUUGAGGAAGUUGAAGCUGAAAUCUCCAUUGAGGAGGAGGAGAAACCAGUAGUUGAGGAAGUUGAAGCUGAAAUCUCUAUUGAGGAGGAGGAGAAACCAGUGGUUGAGGAAGUUCAAGCUGAAAUCUCCAUUGAGGAGGAGGAGAAACCAGUAGUUGAGGAAGUUCAAGCCGAAAUCUCCAUUGAGGAGGAGGAGAAACCAGUAGUUGAGGAAGUUGAAGCUGAAAUCUCUAUUGAGGAGGAGGAGAAACCAGUAGUUGAGGAAGUUCAAGCCGAAAUCUCCAUUGAGGAGGAGGAGAAACCAGUAGUUGAGGAAGUUCAAGCCGAAAUCUCCAUUGAGGAAGAGGAGAAACCAGUUGUUGAGGAAGUUCCAGCCGAAAUCUCCAUUGAGGAGGAGGAGAAACUAGUGGUUGAGGAAGUUGAAGCUGAAAUCUCUAUUAAGGAAGAGGAGAAACCAGUAGUUGAAGUUCAAGCCGAAAUCACCAUUGAGGAGGAGGAGAAACCAGUUCUUGAGGAAGUUGAAGCUGAAAUCUCUAUUGAGGAGGAGGAGAAACCAGUAGUUGAGGAAGUUCAAGCCGAAAUUUCCAUUGAGGAAGAGGAGAAACCAGUGGUUGAGGAAGUUGAAGCUGAAAUCUCCAUUGAGGAAGAGGAGAAACCAGUGGUUGAGGAAGUUCAAGCUGAAAUCUCUAUUGAGGAGGAGGAGAAACCAGUAGUUGAGGAGGUUGAAGCUGAAAUCUCCAUUGAGGAGGAGGAGAAACCAGUUCUUGAGGAGGUUGAAGCUGAAAUCUCUAUUGAGGAGGAGGAGAAACCAGUAGUUGAGGAAGUUGAAGCUGAAAUCUCUAUUGAGGAGGAGAAACCAGUAGUUGAGGAAGUUCAAGCUGAAAUCUCUAUUGAGGAGGAGGAGAAACCAGUGGUUGAGGAAGUUGAAGCUGAAAUCUCUAUUGAGGAGGAGGAGAAACCAGUAGUUGAGGAAGUUGAAGCUGAAAUCUCUAUUGAGGAUGAGGAGAAACCAGUGGUUGAGGAAGUUGAAGCUGAAAUCUCUAUUGAGGAGGAGGAGAAACCAGUAGUUGAGGAGGUUGAAGCUGAAAUCUCCAUUGAGGAGGAGGAGAAACCAGUAGUUGAGGAAGUUGAAGCUGAAAUCUCCAUUGAGGAGGAGGAGAAACCAGUAGUUGAGGAAGUUCAAGCUGAAAUCUCUAUUGAGGAGGAGGAGAAACCAGUGGUUGAGGAAGUUGAAGCUGAAAUCUCUAUUGAGGAGGAGGAGAAACCAGUGGUUGAGGAAGUUGAAGCUGAAAUCUCAAUUGAGGAGGAGGAGAAACCAGUAGUUGAGGAAGUUCAAGCUGAAAUCUCUAUUGAGGAGGAGGAGAAACCAGUAGUUGAGGAAGUUGAAGCUGAAAUCUCUAUUGAGGAAGAGGAGAAACCAGUGGUUGAGGAAGUUGAAGAAGAAAUCUCCAUUGAGGAGGAGGAGAAACCCGUAGUUGAGGAAGUUCAAGCUGAAAUUGUUGUUGAGGACAAAAAACCAAUGGUUGAAGAAGUUGAGGCUGAAAUCUCAGUUAAGGAAAAGGAACCAGUAGUUGAGGAAGUUGAAGCUGAAAUUGUUGUUGAGGACAUAAAACCAGUGGUUGAGGAAGUUGAGGCUGAAAUCUCAGUUGAGGAAGAGAAGACAGUUGUGGAGGAAGUUCAAGCUGAAAUUGUUGUUGAGGAUAAAAAACCAAUGGUUGAGGAAAUUGAGGCUGAAAUCUCAAUUGAGGAAGAGAAGCCAGUAGUUGAGGAAGUUCAAGCUGAAAUUGUUGUUGAGGACAAGAAACCAAUGGUUGAGGAAAUUGAGGCUGAAAUCUCACUUGAGGAAGAGAAGCCAGUAGUUGAGGAAGUUCAAGCUGAAAUUGUUGUUGAGGACAUAAAACCAGUGGUUGAGGAAGUUGAGGCUGAAAUCUCACUUGAGGAAGAGAAGACAGUUGUCGAGGAAGUUCAAGCUGAAAUUGUUGUUGAGGACAAAAAACCAAUGGUUGAGGAAUUUGAGGCUGAAAUCUCAGUUGAGGAAGAGAAGACUGUUGUUGAGGAAGUUCAAGCUGAAAUUGUUGUUGAGGACAAGAAACCAGUGGUCGAGGAGAUUGAAGCUGAAAUCUCAGUUGAGGAAGAGAAGCAAGUUGUUGAGGAAAUUCAGUCUGAAAUUAUUGUUGAAGAUGAAAAACCAAUGGUUGAGGAAGUUGAAGCUGAAAUUUCAAUCAAGGAAGAGACAACUGUUGUUGAGGAGAUGAAGACUGAACUUGUUAUUGAGGAGACACCUCAAGUUGAGGAGGUUGAGGCUGAAAUAGUCAUUGAGGAGAAACCUCAAGUGGAGGAAGUGGAAGCUGAACUUAUUAUUGAGGAGACACCUCAAGUGGAGGAAGUCGAAGCUGAACUUGUGAUUGAGGAGAAACCAGAAGUGGAGGAGGUUGAGGCUGAACUUGUCAUUGAGGAGAAGCCUGAAGUGGAGGAAGCUGAGGCUGAACUUGUCAUUGAGGAAAAACCUCAAGUUGAGGAAGUUGAGGCUGAACUUGUCAUUGAGGAGAAAUCUGAAGUGGAGGAAGUUGAGGCUGAACUUGUCAUUGAGGAGACACCUCAAGUGGAGGAAGUCGAAGCUGAACUUGUGAUUGAGGAGAAGCCUGAAGUGGAGGAAGUUGAGGCUGAAGUUGUCAUUGAGGAGAAACCUGAAGUGGAGGAAGUUGAAGGUGAAAUUGUCAUUGAGGAGAAACCUGAAGUGGAGGAAGUUGAGGCUGAACUUGUCAUUGAGGAGAAACCUGAAGUGGAGGAAGUUGAAGCUGAACUUGUCAUUGAGGAGACACCUCAAGUGGAGGAAGUCGAAGCUGAACUUAUUAUUGAGGAGACACCUCAAGUGGAGGAAGUCGAAGCUGAACUUGUGAUUGAGGAGAAGCCUGAAGUGGAGGAGGUUGAGGCUGAAAUUGUCAUUGAGGAGAAACCUGAAGUGGAGGAAGUUGAAGCUGAACUUGUCAUUGAGGAGAAACCUGAAGUGGAGGAAGUUGAGGCUGAAAUUGUCAUUGAGGAGAAACCUGAAGUGGAGGAAGUUGAGGCUGAACUUGUCAUUGAGGAGACACCUCAAGUGGAGGCAGUCGAAGCUGAACUUAUUAUUGAGGAGACACCUCAAGUGGAGGAAGUCGAAGCCGAAAUUGUGAUUGAGGAGAAGCCUGAAGUGGAGGAAGUUGAGGCUGAAAUUGUCAUUGAGGACAAAUCUGAAGUGGAGGAAGUUGAGGCUGAACUUGUGAUUGAGGAGAAACCUGAAUUGGAGGAAGUUGAGGCUGAAAUUGUCAUUGAGGAGAAACCUGAAGUGGAGGAAGUUGAGGCUGAACUUGUCAUUGAGGAGAAACCUGAAGUGGAGGAAGUUGAGGCUGAACUUGUGAUUGAGGAGAAAUCUGAAGUGGAGGAAGUUGAGGCUGAACUUGUCAUUGAGGAGACACCUCAAGUGGAGGAAGUCGAAGCUGAACUUAUUAUUGAGGAGACACCUCAAGUGGAGGAAGUCGAAGCUGAACUUGUGAUUGAGGAGAAGCCUGAAGUGGAGGAAGUUGAGGCUGAACUUGUCAUUGAGGAGACACCUCAAGUGGAGGAAGUCGAAGCUGAACUUAUUAUUGAGGAGACACCUGAAGUGGAGGAAGUCGAAGCUGAACUUGUGAUUGAGGAGAAGCCUGAAGUGGAGGAAGUUGAGGCUGAACUCAUCAUUGAGGAGAAGCCUGAAGUGGAGGAAGUUGAGGCUGAACUUGUCAUUGAGGAGAAGCCUCAAGUGGAGGAAGUUGAGGCUGAAAUUGUCAUUGAGGAGAAACCUGAAGUGGAGGAAGUUGAGGCUGAACUUGUCAUUGAGGAGAAACCUGAAGUGGAGGAAGUUGAGGCUGAACUUGUCAUUGAGGAGACACCUCAAGUGGAGGAAGUCGAAGCUGAACUUGUGAUUGAGGAGAAACCUGAAGUGGAGGAAGUUGAGGCUGAACUCGUCAUUGAGGAGAAACCUGAAGUGGAGGAAGUUGAGGCUGAACUUGUCAUUGAGGAGAAGCCUCAAGUGGAAGAGGUUGAGGCUGAACUUGUGAUUGAGGAGAAACCUGAAGUGGAGGAAGUUGAGGCUGAACUUGUCAUUGAGGAGAAACCUGAAGUGGAGGAAGUAGAGGCUGAACUUGUGAUUGAGGAGAAACCUCAAGUUGAGGAGGUUGAGGCUGAACUUGUGAUUGAGGAGAAACCUCAAGUUGAGGAAGUUGAAGCUGAACUUGUCAUUGAGGAGAAACCUGAAGUGGAAGAGGUUGAGGCUGAACUUGUCAUUGAGGAGAAACCUGAAGUGGAGGAAUUUGAGGCUGAACUCGUCAUUGAGGAGAAACCUGAAGUGGAGGAAGUUGAGGCUGAACUCGUCAUUGAGGAUAAACCUCAAGUGGAGGAUGUCGAAGCUGAACUUAUUAUUGAGGAGACACCUCAAGUGGAGGACGUCGAAGCUGAACUUGUGAUUGAGGAGAAACCAGAAGUGGAGGAGGUUGAGGCUGAAAUUGUUAUUGAGGAACAACCUCAGGUUGAGGAAGUUGAGGCUGAACUUGUGAUUGAGGAGAAGCCUGAAGUGGAGGAGGUUGAGGCUGAACUUGUCAUUGAGGAAAAACCUGAAGUGGAGGAAGUUGAGGCUGAACUUGUCAUUGAGGAGAAACCUGAAGUGGAGGAAGUUGAGGCUGAACUCGUCAUUGAGGAGAAACCUGAAGUGGAGGAGGUUGCGGCUGAACUUGUGAUUGAGGAGAAGCCUCAAGUCGAGGAGGUUGAGGCUGAACUUGUCAUUGAGGAGAAACCUGAAGUGGAGGAAGUUGAGGCUGAACUUGUCAUUGAGGAGAAACCUGAAGUGGAGGAAGUUGAGGCUGAACUCGUUAUUGAGGAGAAACCUGAAGUGGAGGAAGUUGAGGCUGAACUCGUCAUUGAGGAGAAACCUGAAGUGGAGGAAGUUGAGGCUGAACUCGUCAUUGAGGAGAAGCCUCAAGUGGAGGAAGUUGAGGCUGAACACAUCAUUAGAGAUGAUGAACCUAAGCUUAAGAAGGACCUUGAUACAACCUCCAUCGAGGAAGAGACUGUUGAUUUCACUGUUGCUGAGAGCCCUGUAGUGGAGGAUGUAGAAGGGGAGAUUACUCUUACAGAACAAUUGGUGUCUCCAGAACCUGUGGAGGAAACAUAUGCCUUUAGAGAGGUGGAGGACAGGACCACGGUGGAAGACAUCAGCGUUGAGAUCACGCUUGCACCCAAGUUCCUGCAGGAACUCCAGCACCAGAAGGUCACAGAAGGAACAACAGUGACCUUGACCGUCAAGGUCACAGGAACUCCUGAACCCGAACUCAAAUGGUAUCGUGAUGAUGUGGAGAUCCAGUUUGACGAGCGUGUGACAGUCGAGAAGCUUGAGGACAACACCUACACCCUCACCAUCAGGGAUACCACCGUUGACGACGAAGCAGAUUACACCUGCGUUGCCAUCAACACCGCUGGCAAGGCCACAACAACUGCCGAACUACUGGUCAACCCAGCUGGUGAAGCUCCUUCCUUUAUCACACCACUAACGGACACCGAAGUGGAACUAGACACAACUGUCACCCUCAAGUGUCAAGUCACCGGCAUACCACGCCCAGAAGUUACAUGGUUCCAUGACAACAAGGAAGUCACGGCCGACAAAUACAAGAUUGAAUACGUUGAAGAAAAUGUGACCUUGACCUUUGACAAAUGCACUUUGGAUGAUGAAGGUGACUACACAAUUAAAGCUGUCAAUGAAAAGGGUGUCGCCUCAUGCAGUGCUGAGGUCCUUGUCCACGUUGAGGCACCAAAGGUCACCAAGCCUCUCUCUGAUGUAACAGUGAAGGUGAAGGACACUGCUCACCUUGAGUGCACCAUCACUGGUCUUCCCAAACCCGAGGUGAUAUGGAUGUCCGACACAGUCGUACUUAAGGACAGUCCCAAAUAUAAGAUCACCUCCAGAGAUGAUAACUACGUCCUUGAGGUCAAGGACGUUACUCUUGAAGACACGGAAAAGACAUACACGUGUAAAGCUUCCAACGUGGCUGGUGAUGACUCGACAUCAGCAAAGAUCAUUCCCGAAGUACCAGCUCACAUAAUUAUGGCGCCAUCUGCAGUUGAGGUAACAACAGGGGAGAUAAUCCAUAUUCCCUGUAGUAUAGAAGGUAUCCCCACCCCUUCAAUCAGAUGGUCAGUUGAUGGUCGACCAUUGGCUGUUGAUGACCGGCUACAAGUAGCAUCAACACCCACCAGUGCAACCUUGACCAUUUCGCUCCCAACGACCUUUGACACAGCUGUAUAUACAUUGACCAUUGAGAAUGGCACUGGAUCGGACCGGGCUGAUAUAGACGUAUUAGUCCAGUCUGUGGAGGAAGUCAUUGAACCAGAGGAAGAGAAACCAGAGGAAGUGCCAGCAGGCCAGGCUCCCGAGUUUGUUCUCACCAUCAAGACUGAGACGGUCGAGGAGGGAGAGACAGCCGACUUCACCUGCCAAGUGGUUGGACAGCCAACGCCAGAGAUCCAGUUCUUCUACAACACCAAGGAGCUGCAGGAUGAAGGCCGCUACAUGAUCUUUGAGGAAGAUGGACUCCACCAUCUUGAAGUCUAUGACAUCCUUCCAGAAGAUGAAGGAAAAUAUGUUGUCAAGGCAACCAAUCCAUUCGGUCAAGCAGAGUGCUCAGCUGAAUUGGUUGUUAAACCCAAACCUGUGGAGGAACCCAAAGAGGAGGAACCUGUUGUUGAGGAAGAGAUUCCUCAGGAGGAAGUUCCUGUUGUUGAGGAGAUCCCACAGGUGGAGGAGGUGGUUGUCGAGGAGGCACCAAAGAUGGUUGCUCCCAAGUUCAUCAUCAAGAUCGAGACAGUGGAGACAAAGAGCGGAGAACCUGCCAAGUUCACCUGCAAGGCAACUGGUGUUCCAUCUCCUGAGCUCAUCUGGUACAAGAAUGACAAGGAGAUCACAAAGAUGGACAAAGACUUCAAGAUUGACUAUGCUGAGGACAACGAGACUUCCCUGAUCAUUGUCAAAGUCCAGCCAGACCAUGAUGAUACCUACACUUGCAAGGCCACAAACCCAGCUGGCUCAGACAAAACCACUGCAGAGUUGUUUGUUGAAGAAGAACCUGAGGAGAAACUCUCUCCACCAGAGUUCAUCAAGGUUCCUGAAAAUGUCACAGUUCGCGAGCAUGACCAGGCCAAAUUCAUUGUCAAGGUCAUUGGAAUUCCCAAACCAACAGUCACCUGGAAGCGGGACAACAAGGAACUGGAUGACAAGGAGCUGUUCCACUUUGAGAAGUAUGAGGACACCUACUGCUUCGAGAUCAAGGACACCGAACUGAACGACGCCGACACCUACACCUGCCAUGCUGUCAACUCUGAGGGAGAAGCCACGGCUGACAUACCCCUCAUUGUCAAUGAAAUUAAACGUGAUGAGCGACUCUCAGAGUCUCCACUCCUGCUUAAGACAAAGGAAGAGACCAGACCUCCUGUCUUCAUCGAAACAAUCGAGGACACUACCAUCAUGGAAACAAAGACGUUGACUCUUGUUGCCAAGGUUACUGGUCUGCCCCGCCCAGAGGUAGAAUGGUUCAGAAACGACAAGCCAGUAAGCACACUGCCGAACCAUCGCCCAGUCUAUGAAGACGAAACAUGCACUUUGAAGGUUGUCAAGGUAACCAUGGACCAGGCUGGAGAGUACAAGUGUGUUGCCACCAACAGUGCUGGCACUGCAGACUGCACUGCCAACAUCACCAUCGAGGGAGUGAUGGAGGCACCAGAAAUCACACGUGAGCUGCCGAACAGGGAGGUCCGUGAAGGUCGUCCUGUCAAACUGGACUGUGCUGUGAAGGGAAUUCCCGAGCCAGAUGUCGAAUGGUUUAUCAACGAUGAGAAGAUUGAGCCAGGUGUUAGGUUCCAUGUUGACCAGCGCAAGAUGUACACAGACACCCAGCAUACUCUCAGCAUUGAGCCCACUGAGGUGGAAGAUGCCGGCACCAUCAGCGUCGUCGCCACCAAUAAGGCUGGAGAAGCCAAGACUGAGGGCACUCUCACUGUUGAAGAGAAGAAAGAAGGGCCCAAGUUCAUCAAGAAGCUGGACACUUAUGAAAUUCUGGAACAUGAAUCACUCCGUAUGGAAGUGGUUGUCUCAGGCAAACCUAAACCCACGAUCACAUGGAUGAAGGGAGACAAGGAGCUUGUGGAGACUGAGGACAUCAAGUUUGAGGUGCAAGAUCAGACCCACACUCUGGUCCUCAAUAACAUCAAGACUGAAGAUGCGGGACUCUACACAGCUCGUGCUCAGAACCCUGCAGGACAAAUAUCAUGCAAUGGACGCCUCAAGGUCACACCUGUCAAGAAGCCAAACAUCACACGGAAGCUCUCCGAUUCGCUGGUCCCUGUUUCUGGAUCUGCCAAAUUUGAGUGCCAGGUCAAGGGUGUACCUCAACCUGAUGUGGAAUGGGUGCUGAACGGAGAAGUCCUAGAGCCCAGUGACAACAUCCACAUGGAGUUCAACCCCAAGUCUGGCACCCACACUCUGGUCAUUGACAAGGCCACCAAGGACAUGAAGGGAACUGUCGAGGCCCGUGCCAAGAACAGUGGAGGCGAGGUCUUCACGUCUGCCCAGAUGGACGUCCGAGGUCGCUCACCCGAGUUUGUUAUGCCACCAAUGAAGUGCACUGUGCUUCAAGGUCAAACUGCAAUCUUCCGUAGUGCCAUUGAGGGAGAACCCAAACCCAAAGUUGAAUGGUCGAAGGGUAAAUGGCAAAAGAUCAAAGAUGGAGGUCGUUACCAUGUAUAUGAGGAUGAAUCAACUCACGAAAAUGUGCUUGAGAUUGACCAGAUCAAGCCUAGUGAUUCUGGUACCUACACCAUCACUGCCACCAACGAACAUGGCUCCAAGGCUGAACCUGCCACCCUAAUGGUGACUGACAAGGAGGAAGAGGCUGCUGACUGGAAGAAGGGACUCAAACACAGAGAACACAAGACCCUGUCUGAGGAGGAAGCAGAGCUGAACUGGCGUGACAUGCUGAAGCAUGUGGAAACCCCAGAGGAAGAGGCUCCAGAACCAGAGGCCAAGCCUGCCCCUCAGAUGAUGGAGAUAGAGAGGCAGCCCUACGAGAUGCUACCAAAGAGAGAGCGACCAGAGAUGGAGAUGGACACAUCAGAAUAUGCCUUCACCCUGCCCAAGAGAGAACGUCCCGAACUGGAACAGGCAGAGUUCCAGCGCCCAACUGCUGCAGCUCCUGCAGAGGCACCUGAAGAGGAGAAGGGUCAUUAUGUCCGACCUCAGAAGUUCAAGGAAGCUGAAGAGAUGGAGGAGAGUCACCUGGUUAUUCCCAAAACUCAGUGGAAGUGGAUCGUACCACUCGAGGACAUGACAGUAAAGGAACGCGAGGCUGCUAAGUUUGAGUGUGAGCUCUCUGUCGCCAAUGUCAAUGUUGUCUGGACAGUCAAAGGUGAAGAGGUCAUCCCAAGUCCUAAGUAUGCUAUCAAGGCUGACGGUAAACAGCACACUCUGUUGGUCAGCAAGUGCCGCCCGCCCCAAGGAUGAGGGUCCUGUGUCAUGUGCAUAUGGAAACAUCAUCACAGAGGCAAAGCUGAAUGUCAUAGAGGUUCCAGCUGACUUCUUAAUGAAGCUGGAAGAUGGCAAGGGAAAAGAGGGAGAAGACGUCACCUUCAAAUGCAAGACCAACGAUGAUGAUAUCCCAGUCUUCUGGUUCAUCAAUGGCAAACCAGUGCCCAUUC